AUGACAGCUGUCAAAAUAUACAUAACCUAAAAAAAUCUUGAUUUCUACAAGCUCUGUUUAUGAAAGUACUUAUUUAAAAUGAUGCAACAAUAUCUAAAAGAAUUAGAACAAGAACCAUUUGAUGCGGAAGAAUUCGUAGAAAGGUUAGCUUGGCGAACUAUUGCCGAAACGAAAGAAGGAGGAAACGAAGAGUUUAAUCCGGUGGUUUUACACGAUUCUUUCGUGCAAGCUAUAAAGGAUUUAACAUUACUUCAAGAACGGCAACAAAAAAAAUGUGAAAGAUUAGAGGCGCGUGUACAGGAUGAUGAGGCAAUAUUCAGGAAAGAAAUUCAUGGAUUAUUAGAUAGCAACAAGAAUGCUAUUGAUACAUUUCAAGAAUUAGAUGGUAAAAUAAACAUAGUUGGGGCGAAAGUUUUACAUUUAGGCGACCAAUUAGAUAAUAUAAACGCCCCGAGACAACGUGUGGUUGAAGCACAAAAAUUAAUGACUCAUUUAAACGGGUUUUUAUCUCCAAACAAUUAUUCUUCACCUUUAUUUGACGAUUCCACAAAUUUGACAGAGGUUGCUGAAAUUAUUCGAAAAUUGCAAAUUAUAUCUCAAGAUUUGCCAUCAGACAGGUUCGGUUCUAUAAUUAAACAGAUAAAAAAUCAAUAUGAUGAUGUUGAAAAGGCGUUAAUACAAGAUUUUCGAACGGCGCAAACUAAAAAUGAUUAUAAAAAAAUGAAAGAAAUUGCUGGGGUUUUAUCACAAUUUAAAAGCUAUUCGGAUUGUGUUGAUUCAUUCAUUGUUCAGAGUCAAAAGGGUUGUUUAUCAAAUAAAGAUGUGUUUCUUUAUAUGCUAAAUUUGUGCAAAAACAGCUAUGAAAUCAUUAAACAAGUUUUUAAUAACCCCGAACAAGUUAUCUCUAAAUAUGUUCUUAAUUUGUAUCAUUCCCAUUUACAAAUGUACAUACAAGAACGAUUAUCCAUUACUAAAUUGGAUACUUAUAAUUAUUUAAAAGUUUUAUAUGAUCUUUAUUCGAGGACUCUUCAACUCUCCUCCAAUUUAGAAUCAGCAAAUAUGAGCGAUAAAUCUUUCUUAGAAAAACUUACAAACAACAUUUAUAAAUCGUACAUUGAAAAUUACAUCAAUUUAGAAUUGGAUUGUUUAAAAGGUCGUCUCGCGGACGUUUUGAAGAAAUAUUAUGAAUCAAAGAAUCAUCAAAAGAGACAGUUACAUUCUGGGGGUUUCCAAGAAUUAAGGAGGGAUAUCCAAGCAGCAAUCGGUACAAGAACCAACUUAAAUAUUGCUCAAAUUGAAAAUUAUGGAGGCGAAACAUUUUUAUCAGAAGAAUUGGCCAUUACUGUGUUACAAGAUAGUAAAUUAGCGUUUCAAAGAUGUCUUUUGUUAUCAAAAUCAGAUGAGAAAGCUUCAAACGCAGUAAGAAUUUUGGAUGAAUUACAAAAAUAUUUAUUGAUUGAUCAUAUUGCUUACGCAAUCGAAUUGGGUCUUCAAUCAAUUCCGGUCGUUGAAGGACCAAAAAUUCCUCCGAAUUUCUAUUUUUUUACGGUUAUUCAUCAAAGUAAUAACAUAAUACAUUUGUUGGAAAAACAAUUUGUUGAUUUGGUGGUUCCGUUAGUUACUAAAAGCCCGGAAAAGUACAGCGAAUGCUUACAAAUGAAAAAACAGAGAUUGGAAGAGAUUGAAAAGAAAGUUAAUAUUGGUUUUGAUCGUUGUUUAACCGCUAUUGUUACGUGGGUCAAACUUUAUUUACAAAGUGAGCAAAAGAAAAGUGAUUUUAAACCGGAUACGGAUGAUAUAAAUACUGUUGCGUCAAACGCUUGCCGUGGAGUUACUCAAUAUAUCACCAACACAAUAAGUCAAAUAACAAACAAUUUAGAUGGAAAUAACGUUGUUGUUAUUCUUCAAGAAUUGGGUAUUAAACUUCAUAAAGUUAUUUAUGAACACCUCUUACAAUUUCAAUAUAAUACCUUAGGUGGUAUGAUUGUAAUUUGCGAUUUAAACGAAUAUAGGUCAUGUACAAAACCAUUGGGUCCUUUAGUUGCAAAACUUUUUGAAACACUCCACGCACUUUGCAAUUUAUUAUUGGUUAAACCAGAAAAUUUGGAUCAAGUUCGAGAAGAUUCAUUAGUUGAUUUGGAUCCAUCUAUAGUUAACAGCUUUAUCCAGUUAAGAAGUGAUGCUAAAAUACUUAAAUUAAGAAUUUAAAAUCAUAAAUUUAUUUUAAUUUGAGAGAGUUAUUAUUUUUUUGUUUUGUACAAUUAACAUUAAACUUUCAGCCUUAAAAACGAUAA